AUUAUAUACACUAUACUGCCCCAAGUAUUGGCCCCGCCCCUCCAUAUCAUGUGAUUCAGGUGCUCCAAUCCCCUCCAUGGACACAGGUGUAUACAAUCAUCCCCUAGGCAUGCAGACUGCUUCUACAAACAUUGGUGAAAGAAUGGGUCGCUCUCAGGAGCUCAGUGACUCCAAGCGUGGUCCCGUGAUAGGUGGCCACCUGGGCAAUAAGUCCAUCCGGGACAUUUCCUGGCUACUAAAUAUUCCACGCUCAACUGUUAGUGGGAUUAUAACAAAGUGGAAGCAACUGGGAACAACAGCCACUCAGCCACCAAGUGGUAGGCCACGUCACAUGACAGGGCGGGGUCAGCGCAUGCUGAAGCGCACAGUGCGCAGAAGUCGCCAACUGUCUGCAGAGUCAAUAGCUAAAGACCUCCAAACUUGGUGUGGCCUUCAGAUGAGCCCAACAACAGUGCGUAGAGAGCUUCAUGGAAUGGGUUUCCAUGGCCGAGCAGCUGCAUCCAAGCCUUCCAUCACCAAGUGCAAUGCAAAGCGUCGGAUGCCGUGGUGUAAAGCACGCCGCCACUGGACUCUA